CCGAACUGUUUAUUUAUUUAUUUAUUUAUUUUUUAAAAAUUUGAAGGUACAGAAGAGACAGUGAUGAUUGUAACAGCAGCCAGUGGAUUUGUCGUCCUCCUCUCUUUGGCAGUGGUUCAGACUCAGGAUGACUGGAGUGUAACUUAUAGACCUAUGAGCAUCUGUGCACCGGAAGGAUCCACAGUGGAAAUGCCCUGCAGAUACACAUACCCAUCCACAUGGAAUUCUGUUUCUAUCAGUGUUGAAAAAAGAUUCUGGACUGUGAAAAAGAAUAAAAAUAACCAAGAUGUGGAUCUGAGUUCAGACCCUGAGUACUCAGGUCGGGUGAAGUAUCUCCCUGGUCAGAACGUCUGCACUCUGCAGAUCAAGAACCUGAGAAAGACCGACUCAGCUGAAUACAAGUUCAGAUUCACAACAAACCAUAAAGAUGGAAGCUGGACAGGUUCUCCUGGAGUCACGUUGACUGUCACAGCUCUUCAGGUCAAAGUCGUCUCAUCAACCAGCAACUCAUCUCACACUUAUGUGUCUCUACGGUGUCACAGUGAAUGUAAUCCACCUUAUUCUUCCUUUGUCUGGUUCAAUAAUGGACAGAAAAUUCACACUGGAAUUUAUUAUAAAAGAUGGAUUAAUCCUGGAUUUGAAAUCUGGUGCACUUUGAAAGGAUUUGAGGAUUACCGCUCUGCUUCAGUGUAUGCUCCAAAGCUUCCUUUGGUGUCUGUGAGUCCAUCUGGUGACAUCACAGAGGGACGUUCAAUGAAUCUGACCUGUGUCAGUGACGCGAACCCAGCAGCUACUUACACCUGGUACAAGAAGAAUGAAAAGGUUCUAAAUGCAUCAGGACCUGUCUGGACCAUCACUGAGAUCAGACCUGAACACAGUGGGAAUUAUUACUGUGAGGCCCGAAACAUUUUUGGAAACCAAACCUCCACCGUGAGUCUGAACUUUGGAUCAGGUUCAUUGCCAAAAGCAGACGUCAUUAAACGUGCUGUCAUCUCACUCACUGCUGUGUUGCUGGUUGCUGCACUCCUGUUGCUCAUCUGUUGCAUUUGGAGAAAGAGAAUGUCCAAAAAACAAUCAGAGGCUGGAAAGAAACCAGACAAUAAAUCCCAGCUUGUUGAGGAUCCAGAGUACGAGAACACAUCAGUUGCUGCACAGAGGUCACCAGCAGAGCAGCAACACGAUGUUUUCUACGCCAGCGUGCGUUUCACCAAAAACCAGGCCGACGCUCUUUACUCCAACACCACAGCGGCUCAGCCACGCCCACAACGCCAGGACGAGGAGACCAUGGAGUACAGCACCAUCAACAUCAGCAGAGGAUGGCCCGUGCUUUCCUCUGCAAGUGCUCAACAUGCACAGAGUCUAAGUCCGGGAGCUCAGCUCCUACAAUCCUCUGUGCCUCUAGAUGUUCACUAUGCUCCAAAGAGUUCCUUAGUGUCUGUGAGUCCAUCUGGUGACGUCAUAGAGGGACGUUUAGUGACUCUGACCUGUGACAGUGACGCGAAACCAGCAGCUACUUACACCUGGUACAAGAACCAAAACCAGCUUCAGGGAGCAAAAAGAACAUAUUGUUUUUCCUCCAUCAAGUCUGGUGACAUCGGCUCGUACACCUGCAGAGCUCAGAAUCAGUUUGGAGAGAAGAAAUCUGCUCCUGUGUUUCUGAAUGUUCAGUAUGCUCCAAAGAGUUCCUCAGUGUCUGUGAGUCCACCUGGUGACAUCACAGAGGGACGUUCAGUGAAUCUGACCUGUGUCAGUGACGCGAACCCAGCAGCUACUUACACCUGGUACAAGAAGAACGAAAAUGUUCUAAAUGCAUCAGGACCCGUCUGGACCAUCACUGAGAUCAGACCUGAACACAGUGGGGAUUAUUACUGUGAAGCCCGAAACAUCUUUGGAAGCCAAACCUCCACCGUGAGUCUGAACAUUAAAUCAGGUUCAAUGACAGCAGCAAAUAUGGUUAGAAUGUCCGCUGUCGUCCUGGGGGCCGUCCUCCUGCCUGGUGUCUUCUGGACUCAGAGAAAGAAAAUGUCCAAACAACAGUCUGACGGCGGAAAGAGACCCAACGAAAAAUCACAGCUGUCCGUGUCCUCUGGCCGUCAGGCCGCUGUGGAUCCAGACUAUGAGAACACAUCAGCUGCUGCACAGAGUUCAGACGACGGUCUGUACGUCAACACCAGAGCAGUCGAGCUGCUCCGACGCCACGAGGACGAAAGCGCCGUGUAAACCGCCGUCAACUUCAGAGGCUGACAGGACGAAGACGAGAUCACAAAAAUGUUUUCUUCACCCUUAAUUCUUGUCGUCUUCAGAAGUUGUGGAGGAUUCUGUUGAGCGUUACGGGCCGGUCACCAACAAAACCACAAAACAAGAACAAAUCUGAGUCUGCAUCCAUUCAUCUGUUUGAUCAAGUAUUCACACAGAUAUAAAAAUGUUUAUUUCCCAGAGAAAAUCAGGCACGACUGAAGCAGAAAGACACGUGUAAAAAUGAAAACAUACGUUUCCAAACACAUCGAAAGAUCUUUUUAGCAAAACACAUUCAGCUGUUAAUAGAACUUUAUUGAACCUAAAGAAAAGUCUGGAUCAGUUACUGAUGCAGACUGUGUUAAACUGAGGUUUGUGUCUCUGAUGAACAGGGGCGGAGCCACAUUUAAAAUUUUUAAAUGUUUUUCUUUGUAAAUAAAGAGUCUUAUUGAAGUUGAAUGUAAAAUGUAAAGUCUGAAAACUUUAAUAUCAUGUUCUGUCUAUAAUUUAAUUUACAUGUAGCCUGUUUUCUCUGCAACAACUCUUUGAUAUUUUAGUAUUUUAGACUUUUAGUAUUUUCGACUGCUUGUUGUGUGGAAUAUUGUGUUUUAUUCAUCAGACCUGUUUUUUGUAUGAAUACGCAAAGAAACAUUACAUCGUAUAAGCUGUUUUUUUUUCUCGUCUUUUAUUGUUCUGAUUAAUAAACUUACUUUGACAGCAGCAAUAAUCAAAGAACAUUCGGUGAUGUUGUGGGUUCAUAUCAAAUACACAAUGUCUGUAAUAUGUCAUUUAGAUUUUAUGUUGAAUCGACAACAGGAAAUGUGCAAUGAAAUGUAAAAAUCUAUUAUAUAAAUGUCUCAAAAGAAAUAACACAGUUUAGACUUCAGUCUGAAGAACAAAACAGUCAAACACAUUUCAGUGUGAAAAGUUUGUAGGAGAGUCCCAAAAGCUCAAAA